UCAGCAUAAAAGAAGCAAAUUAGAAGGAUGACAAUAGCUCGUAUUUAAAAAUUUAAAAUUCAUACCAGUUUUUCUGCUGCAACUGUUCAUUUAUUUUUUUUGCUUCUUGUGUGUUUCAAUAUAUUAUAAAUAGGUUUAAAGAAAUCAUUAUUUAAUGUAUUCCAAAAUGGCUUAUGCCAUCCCAAGAUGGCAUUGGUAGUUGAUGAUCGCUUGAAAGUGUGGGAUGAAAAAGACCAACCUCGGGUGCAUGUUGUGCCUGCAUUUGCUCCAUACUAUGCUCAACAAGCUGAGGCAAGCAAUGCAGUCCCUAUCUUGUGUCUUGCAAGAAAUGUUGCUUGGAAUGUUAGGGGUGGCUUCUUCAAGGAUUUUGAUGAUGGUCUUUUACAAAAGAUCCCUCUAAUUGCUUACGAAGAUUGUAUCAAAGAUAUACCUUCUCCUCCCGAUGUGAGCAAUUAUCUAGUUUUUGAGGACACAAUAUCAGCUUCUUCAACUGUCCCUGCAAUGACUGCUAGUAUAGAUCCUAGGCUUGCUUUCAUUUAA